AUGCCCACCAGGAAGAACACAAAGGCGUCCUGUUGGACGUGCCGUCUUCGCCAUAAGAAGUGCGACGCAUUGCUGCCCGUGUGUGGAGGCUGCGCUGCCCUGGAAAUCAGCUGCCACUAUGUCGCGGAGAAACCAGAUUGGAUGGACAGCGGGGAGCGGCAGCAGCAGAUGACCAAGCGGAUAAAGGUUCAGGUCAAGCAAAGUGCAAAAAGGCGGCGUGGCAUUGCCAUGAUGGAAAGCAUUGCGCAAGAUCUUACCAGUACUUCCGAGGAUGCCGAGUCUUCGUCUCAUCUGGACGCUAGCCCAUCGCAUCUUGAUCAUUUGACGCCUCAGAAUUCGAUUUACAUGGGCUACAUCACAGGCUACAUGGAUUAUGUAUUCCCAGCCCUUUUUCCCUUUUAUCGGCCGUCUAUACUGCAAGGCGGCCGCACCUGGCUGCUCGUCCUAGCAACAAAAAACACUGGGUUUUUCAACACCAUCGUCAGCUUAUCAUCGUACUUCUUUUGCACCAUACCAAUAGCCCCGGGUCCAGCGCACGAUGCGUGUGCCUCGAGUACCUGGAAGGAACUCCAAAAACAAAUGGAUCUGGCUCUGAUGACGGUUCAGCGCGACCUCAAAGACAUUGGCUCUCGGGGUGUGGGAAAGUCUCUUCUGAACGAUGUUUAUCUUCUCGCAACUAUCGCACAGCUCCUCAAUUUCGAAAUCGCCCUCCCAUCAGGGAAGUGGCAAAUUCACCUUGACGCCGCAACCAACCUAUUCGAAAAGAUCAUUCGAGAUCACGGCGGUGACGACACCGCACGAGGGAUCCAUGUCGUAUUAGAAAGAUUAGCUGGUCCCGGCUUGUCGCUGUCAAUCCCACCAAACCCAAAUCAGGGAGCAUUUCGGUUCUUUGCUACCAUCCUACUGAUCGAUGACAUCAUUGCUGGCACAUCACUUGAACGAUCUCCAAAAUUGAAGACAUAUCAUCCCGAACUGGAACAGGACGGGCGGGGAAAAAUUCCUGUCGUGAAGAUGGAAGAGGUUAUUGGUUGCGAGACUUGGGUCUUGCUAGCAAUAAGCGAUACUGCAACCCUUGGCGAAUGGAAAAAGGAACAGUCAAACACCAGCAGUUGGUCUGAAGCAGAUUUCAUUUCUCGCGCGACAUGUAUCGAGGCACGCCUGCAAGAGGGCCUUGCCCAGCUCGAUGACAAAGAAAUUCUCCAUGAAAGAGAAUCAUCACAAUGCUCUCAGCCAGAUCAACGCCUUGAACAAAUGCUACAACGCUCAAAUUGCGCUUACGGAUUCUACCCUCUUAUCCCGGAAUUGAAUACCCAUAUCACGCGUAUUUGGGCUCACGCCGCCCAUACAUACCUCCUUGUUUUACUUUUAGGUUGGCAGCCAGUGGACCCGAGGAUCCGGAGCAAUACUACACGAAUGAUUGAGCUCUUCGAUAAGAUAUCAUCGCCUACCUGGCUACGGUCGCUUGUGUGGCCGUUCUGCGUCAGUGGAUGCCUCGCUUUGGGUCAGGAUAGACAAGCAUUCCGAAGAAUAGGGGGCUCAAUGGAAGCGUUCCAAGCUCUUGGGACUGCACAAGAGGCUCUGAGCAUCAUGGAAAAUGUUUGGAUGAAACAGGAGGUGGACAGCACGUCCUGGGAUGUUGGAGCAUGCCUGAAAAGCCUGGGACAUAGAGUUCUACUUGUGUAA